CGCCGCGGAGCAGCAGCGGCUCCGGCUCCGGCUCCGGUGCAGACGCCCAGCAGCCGGCGCGCCGCCUCCCCGCCACCCCAACGCCUUCUCCCCCUAGUCCUGCGCUCUUGCUGCAACUCAGGCUGUCCUCGGCCCCCUGCCCCUCUUGCUGCGCUUUCCGCCCACCGAGCCGACGCCUAGGAGACACCCUGCCUCUGCCGUGGCUCUUGAAGGGCGGACAGCUCACCUGGCGCCGCCCGCCUGAGGACCGGGGUGCCUUCAUGCGGCCCCCACACCCCUCACGCCGCUGCCAUCUCCGAGCUCCGCGUGCUGCGCCCCAGCCUCAGCAGGGCGCGCAACUUUGGAAGUCCCGCGGCGCUCGGAGAAGCGGCAGAGUCCGCGCCCUGGCCGGGGUUAGGGCCCAGCCCGCACCGCCGCGUCUGCGGGAAGCGACAGAGUCGGUAAUCGCUUCGGGAAUAUAAGGAGACAGACAUAGGACCCUGAGCCCGCAUCAGCACCCCUUGGCUGCCUCCUGGGGUGGGGGCGUGCCCCGCACACGGUAAGACCUCUUGCUUUCGCUCAGGCUCAAGAAUCAAGAUAUAUAUAUAUUUAUAUAGUUAUGUGUAUAAUUUCCUGCCAUCCUUCCAAGUCAUCAGGCCACCGAUGAAUUUUGUUCUCCCUUCUUGAAGAAUAAAUCUCUCUAACCAUCAGCUCGCUCUACUCUCUCCUGCUUAGAAAUAAAACUUGACUGUGUUUAGGAGCUUGGAGAGAGAAGGCAUCCACCCCGAGCGGCUAAAGCACCGGCCGUUCGCGGGACCCGGGCCCAUGGGCCACUAGCGGUCCCCAAGCUUGGGCCCGGUCUCCUUGGGGCCCCCUCCCUAUGUGAGACGCGGCGGGGCGAGAGGGGCGCCAGAGGAAGAGGAGGACUCACGGGCGCCGGCCGGAAGGCAGCUGGCACCAGGCCCAGGCGAGAGGGCGCCGCGUUCAUGUUCCGCCAGGAGCAGCCGCUGGCCGAGGGCAGCUUUGCGCCCAUGGGCUCCCUGCAGCCGGACGCCGGCAACGCAAGCUGGAAUGGGACCGAGGCGCCGGGGGGCGGCGCCCAGGCCAUCCCUUACUCCCUGCAGGUGACGCUGACGUUGGUGUGCCUGGCUGGCCUGCUCAUGCUGCUCACGGUGUUCGGCAACGUGCUAGUCAUCAUCGCGGUGUUCACCAGCCGUGCCCUCAAGGCGCCCCAAAACCUCUUCCUAGUGUCUCUGGCCUCGGCGGACAUCCUGGUGGCCACGCUUGUCAUUCCUUUCUCGCUGGCCAACGAGGUCAUGGGCUACUGGUAUUUUGGCAAGGCAUGGUGCGAGAUCUACCUGGCGCUCGACGUGCUCUUCUGCACGUCGUCCAUUGUGCACCUGUGCGCCAUCAGCCUGGACCGCUACUGGUCCAUCACGCAGGCCAUCGAGUACAACCUGAAGCGCACGCCACGCCGCAUCAAGGCCAUCAUCGUUACUGUGUGGGUCAUCUCGGCCGUCAUCUCCUUCCCGCCCCUCAUCUCCAUCGAGAAGAAGCGCGGCGGCGACGGGCAGCAGCCGGCGGAGCUGCGCUGCGAGAUCAACGACCAGAAGUGGUACGUCAUCUCGUCGUGCAUCGGCUCCUUCUUCGCGCCUUGCCUCAUCAUGAUCCUGGUCUACAUACGCAUCUACCAGAUCGCCAAGCGCCGCACCCGCGUGCCGCCCAGCCGCCGAGGUCCGGACGCCGCAGCCGCGCACCCGGGGGGCGCCGAGCGCAGGCCCAACGGCCUGGGCCCCGAGCGCUGCGCGGGCCCCGCGGGCGCCGAGGCCGAGCCUCUGCCCACCCAGCUCAACGGCGCCCCCGGGGAGCCCGCGCCGGCCGGGACGCGCGAUGCCGACGCGCUGGACCUGGAGGAGAGCUCGUCCUCUGAGCACGCCGAGCGACCCCCGGGGCCCCGCAGACCCGAGCGCGGUCCCCGGGCCAAGGUUAAGGCCCGGGCGAGCCAGGUGAAGCCCGGGGACAGUCUGCCGCGGCGCGGGCCAGGGGCAACCGGGCCUGGGGCUUCGGUGGUGGGGCCCGGGGAGGAGCGCGGCGGGGGCGCCAAGGCGUCGCGUUGGCGCGGGCGUCAAAACCGCGAGAAGCGCUUCACGUUCGUGCUGGCGGUGGUCAUCGGCGUGUUCGUGGUGUGCUGGUUCCCCUUCUUCUUCACCUACACGCUCACGGCCGUCGGCUGCUCGGUGCCGCGCACGCUCUUCAAGUUCUUCUUCUGGUUUGGCUACUGCAACAGCUCGCUGAACCCGGUCAUCUACACCAUCUUCAACCACGACUUCCGCCGCGCCUUCAAGAAGAUCCUCUGCCGCGGGGGCAGGAAGCGGAUCGUGUGAGCGCGCUGCCCGCACUCGGCUUACAGACUGGCGCUAAACGCAGGCCCUGGGCAUCCAGGGACGCACUCCACAGCAACCCUAGCACUUUGAAUCCCAGGCCCUGCCUGCUUCGUGUUUCCUGGCCUGGAGGGUGCUCUGCGGCCUCCUACGGACACUUGUUCCACAGGGGGAAAAGUUCAGCUGGCUGGGAAGGCCACAUACCCCCCGAUAUUUGUUAUGGCCUCUCCUGACCUGGAGGGAUUUUUCCUGGUGGGUCGCUCCUAAUCAGUAUUGCUUCCUAAACGUUUCUUUACCCUCUCUCCUAAUCAGGUUCUCCCAGCUCUUCCGAGCAAGCACAGGACUCCAGGGGCAUGGCUCACAAAGGAUUAAUGAAUGGGGUUUACCCAGCCCUGGCUAAUUGCUCCUCCCCACCCCUAAUUCUCUAUUUUUGGAAAAACACUCAGGGCAGCCCUGCCCACCCACCUCACCCCCACUGUAAAUACACACUAUUUUUGAUAGUAUACCCUGGGGUCCCCAAUGUCAUGUGGCCUUGGCUGUGAUGUUGAAAUCUUGGUUGUGGAGAGACCUUCCAGGCAGACACAGUAAAAGGCCAAGCCACUUUGCCAUGCAAGCCCUCUCCUAGUGUUGUUAUAGCCCUGUGUCCUGUUCACCAGUCACUGGUGACUGUUUUUUGGAUGUGGAUCUGCUUUGAAAGAUUUCCUGACAGGGAAAAGAUUUCUGUCCACGUUUUUUCUUUUUUUCUUUUUUCUUUUCCUGUGCCUAACAGCAUCAUUGCCUUUUCCUAUGUACAUAUUACAACCAUGGACCAAGACAGAAAUAAGUGAACCUCUCCGCAGUGCAUCAGUCCUGUAAAAAGCCAUUAUCCUCUGAGGCACAACUGGCCUCAGAAACUCACUUUAAAACUGACUCUUUCUGGUGCCCCCUCCCUUCCCCUGGGGCCACUACUUGAAGAAGAAUAUGUAUGUUUCUAUCUUGUAUGUAUGUGCCCCUCUCCGGGAAAGCGCUGACUUAGGGGAAUCUUUUAGCUGCUGUUUUUAGUCACAGAGGAGUGGAAAUUAUGUGGAAGAAGCAAACCUGAUACAAUUUGCCCAAGGUAAACAGUUUGAAAAGACAAAUGGGACUGCCAAACUGUACAGAUCCUGCCCCAAGAGCUCUUAGGUAUCAAAGUGUUGUCCUUCCUCCUGCUUUUCUGGCUGAGAUCAUGUCACUGAUGAACUGCCAAAGUCAGGGGAGGAGGUGGAGAUUUCGUGUUUACAUCCCGGUUUCUACAUGUUUUAGACAGAGACAAUUUAAGGCCUGCGCUCUUAUUUCACUACAGAAAAACUAAUGUCAGCACAUGUUGCUAAUGACAGUGGAUUUUUUUAAUAAAAUGGUUUACAGAUCAAAUGUGAAAUAAAUAUGGAUUAAGUGGU